UAGUAACAUUAAAAGCAAGAGAUAGAUAGCCAGCGUAUGGAAUUAAUUUAAUUCUACAGAGUGCCCUGGUUUAGAAUAAUAUUUCGUUGAAAUGGGGAACCACAAAACAUUUUGGCCUUGGAUGCUUCUUCUAAUGAUAUCUAUGACGGUUUCUGGUGAGUUUUCUGUCACAAAAUAUUCUUCUAGACGAGAGGAAUUGAGUCUUCUCAAAAAUCUUUUAAAAGUUUUGGAGCAACUUGUGAAAGACCAGUCCACCAAAAUGGAAAAAAUCGGAGGAGAACUUCAUGCUAUAAAUAAGAAAAUGCCAAAUGAUAUUGGAGGUAACAAAAAAGACAUUAUGGAUAACAUUUCCAGCGUUCCAAUCGAAAUCAAACGACAGGAUGCAGCCAUUAUAAACCUUGAAAUAAAGCAACAGUUAUUUGAAAGCAAUUUGAAAGAUAUUGUAAGAGAAAGCAAAGAAAUAGCAAGUAAUGUAACCAGUAUUGCAGUAGAAAACGAAAUACAAAAUGCAAGCAUUACCCAACAUGAAGAAAAACAAGAAUCGUUGGAGAGAAAAUUGAAAGAUCUUGAAAGUGAAAGCAAAGAAAUAGCAAGUAAUGUAACCAGUAUUGCAGUCGAAAACGAAAUACAAAAUGCAAGUAUUACCCAACAUGAAGAAAAGCAACAAUCGUUGGAGAGAAAAUUGAAUGAUCUUGAGAGUGAAAGCAAAGAGAUUAUGAAUAACAUAAGAAGUCUCAAAACCAAAAGUGAAAGACAAGAUGCGACCAUUGCACAAUAUUAUGUGAAGCAACUGUCACUGGAGAGAGAAUUGAUUGAUAAUAUUACAAGCUUAGCAACACCGGGAACAACCAAAAAUAACAUCACUAGAGGAGGAACUGCAUUUUUGAUUCGAAAUAACAGUGACUUUUCUGUAAAGGAUGUUCAGACAACGAAUGAAAGAAUAAUGGGAAUUGAAAUUACCUACGGAUCGAAUCAACUAUUUAUUAUAGGAUGUCUCCUUCCCUCAACAAACCAUCAUUAUGAGGAAUAUAAACGUGUGAUGCAGGAUUUAUUCGACUUGUUUGAUGAACUUAGUGAAACUGGUCCUGUAAUUUUUUGUGGUGAUUUUAAUACAGAUAUUAAAAAUAAAACUGGCAGUCCAAAAUCAAAGCUGCUCACGGAAAAUACGCUAGACAGAAACCUUUGCAGUAUAUUUUCGACUGGUAACCAAAUUGAACAUACAUUUCAAACAAAGGAUAAGAAAAUUGAAGGGAUUGAAGUCAUUCCGCCCUAA